GUUCGACUCUUUCUCUUGCAAAGUAGAUUCCAUACUGUGCAGUGUUCUCUGUCGGAGCUAAGGUCAAUUUUUGGCGACUUGCACGGUUUUCCGUUCAAAAAAUGGCUCUCAACAAAGCUGAAUUAGCCUGUGUGUACUCGGCACUCAUCCUCGUUGAUGACGAUGUUGCCGUAACCGAUGAGAAAAUCUCUACCAUUCUGAAAGCCGCAAACGUGGACAUUGAGCCAUACUGGCCAGGUCUGUUUGCCAAAGCGCUGGAAGGAAUUAACGUCAAGGAUCUGAUCACCAACAUUGGAUCCGGAGUUGGUUCGGGUGGUGGCGCUCCAGCGGCCAGCACCGCAGCUACCGCUGCCCCGGCUGCUGCUGAAAAGAAGGAAGAGAAGAAGGAGGAAGAACCCGAGGAAUCCGAUGACGAUAUGGGAUUCGGUCUUUUCGGUUAGAUCUUGCUUCACCAUCGGAUUGCUGUUGCGUAAGGAAGAACAGGAAUAUUAUCCUGUUACUUUCCUUGAUCGCAGUUCCAUGCGUACAGUUUUUAUGUACAAACGUGUGAAUAAAAUUUAAGUUAAUACUUAA